UGACUUCGGUAGGGAGAUGUAACAUUAUGUACUACGGUACCCAUAAUGCACUACCAGCCUACAGGAUGACUUCGGUAGGGAGAUGUAGCAUGAUGUACUACAGUACCCAUAAUGCACUACCAGCCUGCAGGAUGACUUCGGUAGGGAGAUGUAACAUUAUGUACUACGGUACCCAUAAUGCACUACCAGCCUACAGGAUGACUUCGGUAGGGAGAUGUAGCAUGAGGUACUACAGUACCCAUAAUGCACUACCAGCCUGCAGGAUGACUUCGGUAGGGAGAUGUAGCAUGAUGUACUACAGUACCCAUAAUGCACUACCAGCUUGCAGGAUGACUUCGGUAGGGAGAUGUAGCAUGAGGUACUACAGUACCCACAAUGCACUACCAGCUUGCAGGAUGACUUCGGUAGGGAGAUGUAGCUUGAGCUACUACAGUACCCAUAAUGCACUACCAGCCUACAGGAUGACUUCAGUAGGCAGUUGUAGUUGCAUGAUGUACUAACUACAGUACCCAUAAUGCUCUAGGGGUAACAUCCAGUUUUCAGGCAGGGAUAGAUUGGGGGCAAUGAGAGCUAUAGAUUAGGAUUUGUAGUUAAUUUACAAUAUGCAGUGCAUGGCAAGAGUGAAUCCCAAAAUGCUCUCAGGACUUAACAAGAUGUGUACAGUGUGUAUGACGUGGCUAAAUUGCAAUGUUUUAUUUGGUUUAACAAGUGUAAGUGUGUAAUGUACAGUGUUUUUGUAUACAGCAGUACUGUGUGUCUAAGAUACUAUUAAACUUAAUCUUAUCCUAAACGUGGGAACUAGCAGCCUGCAGGAUGACUCUGGUAGGGCAGAACAGAGGGAGCGCAGAAGUGCAUGACAGUACCCAUAAUGCUCUGAGUAACAUGUCCGGUUUUAUCUGAGUAAAGAUGUUGCUGAAGCAAUGGUGUCCCAUCUCCUAUAGGAAAGGAUUGAUAGGGAUAGAUUGGACUAGCAUAGAUUUGAAGGAAGGAGAGAGAUGGACUAGCAUAGGUUGAAGGAAGGAGGGAGAUGGACUAGCAUAGAUUGAAGGAAGGAGAGAGAUGGACUAGCAUAGAUUGAAGGAAGGAGAGAGAUGGACUAGCAUAGAUUGAAGGAAGGAGAGAGAUGGACUAGCAUAGAUUGAAGGAAGGAGAGAGAUGGACUAGCAUAGAUUGAAGGAAGGAGGGUGAUGGACUAGCAUAGAUUGAAGGAAGGAGGGAGAUGGACUAGCAUAGAUUGAAGGAAGGAGGGUGAUGGACUAGCAUAGAUUGAAGGAAGGAGAGAGAUGGACUAGCAUAGAUUGAAGGAAGGAGGGAGAUGGACUAGCAUAGAUUGAAGGAAGGAGGGAGAUGGACUAGCAUAGGUUGAAGGAAGGAGGGAGAUGGACUAGCAUAGAUUGAAGGAAGGAGAGAGAUGGACUAGCAUAGAUUGAAGGAAGGAGAGAGAUGGACUAGCAUAGAUUGAAGGAAGGAGGGAGAUGGACUAGCAUAGAUUGAAGGAAGGAGAGAGAUGGACUAGCAUAGAUUGAAGGAAGGAGAGAGAUGGACUAGCAUAGAUUGAAGGAAGGAGGGAGAUGGACUAGGAUGUGAGGUUCGUAUAAAAUGUGCAUUGCAAGAGUGAAUCCCAACAUACUGUAGUCAAUAUUUAAUCUUUGUACCUUUUUGAUUGGAACUGGAUCUGAAGACGUUCCUUCAAGAGCAUGUGUCAAACUUCCCAGUGAGCACGAUACGUUGAAAAGAUGACUUUUCAACCAUAAACAGACUGUGGCACAUAGGCUGCGUCCCAAAUGUCACCCUCUUCCCUACAUAGUGCACUACUUUAGACCAGGGAGGUAGCCAUGUUGUUUGACCAGGGAGGAAGCCAUGUUGUUUGACCAGGGAGGAAGCCAUGUUGUUUGACCAGGGAGGAAGCCAUGUUGUUUGACCAGGGAGGUAGCCAUGUUGUUUGACCAGGGAGGUAGCCAUGUUGUUUGACCAGGGAGGUAGCCAUGUUGUUUGACCAGGGAGGAAGCCAUGUUGUUUGACCAGGGAGGUAGCCAUGUUGUUUGUCUUGAAUGGUGUCCAACACACUCCUGGUGAUUUACAUUAUUUACAUGUGAGUCACUUAGCAGACGCUCUUAUCCAGAGAGACUUUCAGUAGUGAGUCAUUUAGCAGACGCUCUUAUCCAGAGAGACUUUCACUAGUGAGUCAUUUAGCAGACGCUCUUAUCCAGAGAGACUUUCAGUAGUGAGUCAUUUAGCAGACGCUCUUAUCCAGAGAGACUUUCAGUAGUGAGUCAUUUAGCAGACGCUCUUAUCCAGAGAGACUUACAGUAGUGAGUCAUUUAGCAGACGCUCUUAUCCAGAGAGACUUACAGUAGUGAGUCAUUUAGCAGACGCUCUUAUCCAGAGAGACUUUCACUAGUGAGUCAUUUAGCAGACGCUCUUAUCCAGAGAGACUUUCAGUAGUGAGUCAUUUAGCAGACGUUCUUAUCCAGAGAGACUUACAGUAGUGAGUCAUUUAGCAGACGCUCUUAUCCAGAGAGACUUACAGUAGUGAGUCAUUUAGCAGACGCUCUUAUCCAGAGAGACUUUCAGUAGUGAGUCAUUUAGCAGACGUUCUUAUCCAGAGAGACUUACAGUAGUGAGUCAUUUAGCAGACGCUCUUAUCCAGAGAGACUUACAGUAGUGAGUCAUUUAGCAGACGCUCUUAUCCAGAGUAACUUACAGUAGGGAGUCAUUUAGCAGACUCUCUUAUCCAGAGCCACUUACAGUAGUGCGUGCAUACAUUUUCAUGCUGGUCCCCCGUGGGAAUCGAACCCACAACCCUGGCGUAACAAGUGCCAUGCUAUACCAAGUGAGCCACACGGGACUAACUUUACCACAUCUAUCUUAUCUACAGUAGUAAAUCGAUUAUUUACUCCGAUUAUCAACAGUGUUCUCCAGCAGUGUUCUCCAGCAGUGUUCUCCAGCAGUGUUCUCCAGCAGUGUUCUCCAACAGUGUUCUCCAGCAGUGUUCUCCAACAGUGUUCUCCAGCAGUGUUCUCCAGCAGUGUUCUCCAGCAGUGUUCUCCAGCAGUGUUCUCCAACAGUGUUCUCCAACAGUGUUCUCCAGCAGUGUUCUCCAGCAGUGUUCUCCAGCAGUGUUCUCCAGCAGUGUUCUCCAGCAGUGUUCUCCAGCAGUGUUCUCCAACAGUGUUCUCCAACAAUGUUCUCCAACAAUGUUCUCCAACAGUGCGUUACUGUAACGUGCUUAGAGUAUUUCCAGACAUGGUGUUUGUCUUUGCUCACAUUAAAUGAGUUCAAAGAGACUGUUAUUGAUUAGAUUGGCAUUCAUCUUAUCUGCAGCAUUAAAUGCAUUACCACUCCUGUGUGUUUAUGUAAUCAGAGGAACAGACUGUGUUGUUUAUGUAAUCAGGGUAACAGACUGUGUUGUUUAUGUAAUCAGAGCAACAGACUGUGUUGUUUAUGUAAUCAGGGUAACAGACUGUGUUGUUUAUGUAAUCAGAGCAACAGACUGUGUUGUUUAUGUAAUCAGAGUAACAGACUGUGUUGUUUAUGUAAUCAGAGGAACAGACUGUGUUGUUUAUGUAAUCAGAGGAACAGACUGUGUUGUUUAUGUAAUCAGAGUAACAGACUGUGUUGUUUAUGUAAUCAGAGGAACAGACUGUGUUGUUUAUGUAAUCAGAGGAACAGACUGUGUUGUUUAUGUAAUCAGAGCAACAGACUGUGUUGUUUAUGUAAUCAGAGCAACAGACUGUGUUGUUUAUGUAAUCAGAGCAACAGACUGUGUUGUUUAUGUAAUCAGAGCAACAGACUGUGUUGUUUAUGUAAUCAGAGGAACAGACUGUGUUGUUUAUGUAAUCAGAGGAACAGACUGUUGUUUAUGUAAUCAGGGUAACAGACUGUGUUGUUUAUGUAAUCAGAGUAACAGACUGUGUUGUUUAUGUAAUCAGGGUAACAGACUGUGUUGUUUAUGUAAUCAGAGCAACAGACUGUGUUGUUUAUGUAAUCAGAGUAACAGACUGUUGUUUAUGUAAUCAGAGGAACAGACUGUGUUGUUUAUGUAAUCAGGGUAACAGACUGUGUUGUUUAUGUAAUCAGAGCAACAGACUGUGUUGUUUAUGUAAUCAGAGUAACAGACUGUUGUUUAUGUAAUCAGAGGAACAGACUGUGUUGUUUAUGUAAUCAGAGUAACAGACUGUGUUGUUUAUGUAAUCAGAGGAACAGACUGUGUUGUUUAUGUAAUCAGAGGAACAGACUGUGUUGUUUAUGUAAUCAGAGCAACAGACUGUGUUGUUUAUGUAAUCAGGGUAACAGACUGUGUUGUUUAUGUAAUCAGAGGAACAGACUGUGUUGUUUAUGUAAUCAGAGCAACAGACUGUGUUGUUUAUGUAAUCAGAGCAACAGACUGUGUUGUUUAUGUAAUCAGGGUAACAGACUGUGUUUAUGUAAUCAGAGUAACAGACUGUGUUGUUUAUGUAAUCAGAGGAACAGACUGUGUUUAUGUAAUCAGAGUAACAGACUGUGUUUGGUCUGUGAUUCCAGGGAAGCUCACUCCCUCCCUGUAUGAGGCAGGGGGAUGCGAUAUGUCCCUGGUCAACUUUCAACCUGCAACAAGACGCGCCGCCAACAACAUAUGGUUAGUUCACAAUCACAACAACUGACUGUGUGCCUGAAAUGGCCCCCUAUUCCCUAUAGAGUACACAUAUUCUGGUUAAAAGUAGUGCACUACAUAGGGAAUAAGGUGCUAUUUGGGACGCAGAACUGUCCAUUGAAUGAUCUCAUUAGAAAAGGAAAAAAGAGAGCCACUGUUGCUCAUUAAAUAUAUUGAUUGAUUGAUCUACCAUCAGUAUAGUCCCAGGUCAGUAUAGUCCCAGGUCAGUAUAGUCCCAGGUCAGUAUAAUCCCAUCAAUAUAGGACUGGGUCAGUAUAGUCCCGUCAGUAUAGUACUGGGUCAGUAUAAUCCCAUCAGUAUAGUACUGGGUCAGUAUAAUCCCAUCAGUAUAGUACUGGGUCAGUAUAAUCCCAUCAGUAUAGUCCCGUCAGUAUAAUCCCAUCAAUAUAGUACUGGGUCAGUAUAAUCCCAUCAGUAUAGUACUGGGUCAGUAUAAUCCCAUCAAUAUAAUCCCGUCAGUAUAAUCCCAUCAGUAUAAUCCCAUCAGUAUAGUACUGGGUCAGUAUAAUCCCAUCAGUAUAGUACUGGAUCAGUAUAUACUGGGUCAGUAUAGUACUGGGUCAGUAUAAUCCCAUCAGUAUAAUCCCAUCAGUAUAGUACUGGGUCAGUAUAAUCCCAUCAGUAUAGUACUGGGACAGUAUAGUACUGGGUCAGUAUAAUCCCAUCAGUAUAGUACUGGGUCAGUAUAGUCCCAUCAGUAUAGUACUGGGUCUGUAUAAUCCCAUCAGUAUAGUACUGGGUCUGUAUAAUCCCAUCAGUAUAGUACUGGGUCUGUAUAAUCCCAUCAAUAUAGUACUGGGUCAGUAUAAUCCCAUCAGUAUAGUACUGGGUCAGUAUAAUCCCAUCAAUAUAAUCCCGUCAGUAUAAUCCCAUCAGUAUAGUCCCAUCAGUAUAGUACUGGGUCAGUAUAAUCCCAUCAGUAUAGUACUGGGUCAGUAUAAUCCCAUCAGUAUAUACUGGGUCAGUAUAGUCCCAUCAGUAUAGUACUGGGUCAGUAUAAUCCCAUCAGUAUAAUCCCAUCAGUAUAGUACUGGGUCAGUAUAAUCCCAUCAGUAUAGUACUGGGACAGUAUAGUACUGGGUCAGUAUAAUCCCAUCAGUAUAGUACUGGGUCAGUAUAAUCCCAUCAGUAUAAUCCCAUCAGUAUAGUACUGGGUCAGUAUAAUCCCAUCAGUAUAGUACUGGGACAGUAUAGUACUGGGUCAGUAUAUCCAUCAGUAUAGUACUGGGUCAGUAUAAUCCCUCAGUAUAAUCCCUCAGUAUAGUACUGGGUCAGUAUAAUCCCAUCAGUAUAGUACUGGGUCAUAAGUCCAUCAGUAUAGUACUGGGUCAGUAUAUCCCAUCAGUAUAGUACUGGGUCAGUAUAAUCCCAUCAGUAUAGUACUGGGUCAGUAUAAUCCCAUCAGUAUAGUACUGGGUCAGUAUAAUCCCAUCAGUAUAGUACUGGGUCAGUAUAGUCCCAUCAGUAUAGUACUGGGUCAGUAUAAUCCCAUCAAGUAUAGUACUGGGUCAGUAUAAUCCCAUCAGUAUAGUACUGGGUCAGUAUAAUCCCAUCAGUAUAGUACUGGGUCAGUAUAAUCCCAUCAGUAUACGUCAGUAUACUGGGCAGUAUAGUCCCAUCAGUAUAGUACUCGUAGUAUAGUCCCAUCAGUAUAGUACUGGGUCAGUAUAAUCCCAUCAGUAUAGUACUGGGACAGUAUAGUACUGGGACAGUAUAGUCUCAUCAGUAUAGUACUGGGUCUGUAUAAUCCCAUCAGUAUAGUACUGGGUCAGUAUAAUCCCAUCAGUAUAGUACUGGGUCAGUAUAGUCCCAUCAGUAUAGUACUGGGUCAGUAUAGUCCCAUCAGUAUAGUACUGGGUCAGUAUAAUCCCAUCAGUAUAGUACUGGGUCAGAAUAAUCCCAUCAGUAAAGUCCCAUGAAGUCACCUUGUCCUUGUUUCAACUCAACAGGGACACAGACUCCCACCUCUCCAGUUCUACCUCAGUUCGCUUCUACCCUCAUGACCUGGUGAGUGGUUAUCAUGACCUGGUGAGUGGUUAUCAUGACCUGGUGAGUGGUUAUCAUGACCUGGUGAGUGGUUAUCAUGACCUGGUGAGUGGUUAUCAUGACCUGGUGAGUGGUUAUCAUGACCUGGUGAGUGGUUAUCGCAUGUGUGUGUACGUGCGCGUGUGUAGUGUGUUAACUUUUUACUGUGUAUGUAUGUGCUCGCGCGUGUAGUGUGUUAACUGUUUACUGUGUGUGUGUGUGUGUGUGUGCGUGUGUGCGCGUGUAGUGUGUUAACUGUUUACUGUGUGUGUGCGCGUGUAGUGUGUUAACUGUUUACUGUGUGUGUGUAGUGUGCGCGUGUAGUGUGUUAACUGUUUACUGUGUGUGUAGUGUGCGCGUGUAGUGUGUUAACUGUUUACUGUGUGUGUGUAGUGUGCGCGUGUAGUGUGUUAACUGUUUACUGUGUGUGUAGUGUGCGCGUGUAGUGUGUUAACUGUUUACUGUGUGUUCUACAGAUCCGUCUGAACCGUCUCCUGACCAUGAGACCAGAGCUGUUGGAUCAGCAGGAUGUAGACCUGAGCCCAGAGCUCCAUGAUGCUCCUCUAAACCUGGAGGACCCAGCCACGGCGCGCAAGGCCAAACAGCACUACCGUUUCUGGCUGCUGCCUAACCUCUGGGUCGGCCUGCACUUUGACAGACUCACCCUGCUGGCUCUGUUCGACAGGUAACAGCUUUACACAAGAACGGUCACUAUUAGUGAUUUUUCCAAUCACUCCCUGCCCUUCACCUUGGUCCUAACACUUUGAUGUUUGCAGAUCUGAAGGGUCUGGAUAAGUGUAGUGGUGGAGCAUCCAUCAUAUUGCCGCCACCUUACAGAUCUGCAAAUGUCCAAGGGUCAAUGGAAAGGGUUAGGGGGUGAAUUGGGACUGACACUGGAGAAAUAUUGUAUAUGGUUUCGCGAGACAUUGUUUUCACUCCGUCUGUCCGACGGAAACCUUGAGGUUCUAGAAAACAUCCUAGCGGUGGUGCUAGCUGUCCUGGUAGCCUUGCUAACAUUGUGGGUGUGUGUGUGUGUGUGUGUGUGUGUGUGUGUGUCCUCUACCAGCAGAAACCGUGAGGUUCCCUAGAGAAAAACCUCCUAGCGGUGGUGCUAGCCGUCCUGGUAGCCUUGCUACAUUGUGUUGUGGUGUGUGUGUUUGUGUGUGUGUGUGUGUGUGUGUGUCACUCUACCAGAAACCGUGAGGUUCUAGAAAACAUCCUAGCGGUGGUGCUAGCCGUCCUGGUAGCCUUGCUAACAUUGUGUGUGUGUGUGUGUGGUGUGUGUGUGUGUGUGUGUGUGUGUGUGUGUGUGUCCCUCUACCAGAAACCGUGAGGUUCUAGAAAACAUCCUAGCGGUGGUGCUAGCCGUCCUGGUAGCCUUCCUGGGGUCAGUCCUACUGGUCAGCGGAUUCUUCACUGACAUCUGGGUCUUCCAGUUCUGCCUCGUCAUCGCCAGCUGCCAGUACUCACUACUCAAGGUCUACAUUUUACAUUUUAGUCAUUUAGCAGACGCUCUUAUCCAGAGCCACUGCAAAUCAGUACACUCAACUUAAAUAGGUUAAAAAAAAACAAUAACUUAUGAUGAUAUCAAUAGCCGCUAUUUCACUUAAGUAGUAGCAUUGCACUGUAUACCGGUACCAAAAUGUUAUCAUACCAACAUUUUAGAAUACCUUCGUACCGUUUCAUAUGAUACUACCAUAUUUUUCAGCCCUACCAAUCUUACGAUCCUGCUGGCGUCCUUGUCCUAAAUUGUUAAUAAAGUCUGUUUUGUUUAUAAAUUCAGUAGAAUUUUUUUUUAGCAACAGACUAGUCUCUUGUAUGCGCUGGUCCAAUAAUGUCCACUUCACUUUCAUGCUCAUAUUACGUGUGGGAUCUGUAAUCAGCCAGCCGGCAGCCCCAUCCCCUUCCAGCCAUCACUCACCUGCUUCUCUCCGUCCGCUGUUCACGUGCAUCCAUUCCUCCACCAGUUAAAAAAAUAAAUAAUGUAAUUUAGCCGUGACGGUGAUGGGAGAUGCAGUCCCUGAUGAGUUUUCUGUUGUUACAUUUGUACAUUUGAUAAGUUGGAGCGGCGCGCAACGCGAGCAAUGUUGAUACAUUGAAUAAUUUCAUAAAGCAUUCCGAGUAGGCUUUGUUCGCUGCCAGAGAGGACCAAUGGAGCACAGCUGUGCGACAGGCAUGCUCACAGCUUUACAGACAAAGAAAACAGCUCAUCUCUACCUCAAACCGUUAAAAAAAAAUAUACGACCCAUGUAAUCGGAGCUACCUAAUUUCACAAACCAUGUCGCGGGCCGUUUUUAACUAAUCCCAGGUCGCUGUUCAGUCAUGUUACCUAGCUAGCUAACAACCUGCUAUCUUGACAGUAGGUUUAGGCUCAUCUGAUUGGCCCAGGGAGAAAGGAACAGUGUCUGCUACUCAUGAGAUGUGAUUCAAAGCUAGGAUUCAUACAGACCUAAUGGAAGACUAAACUAUAUAACAUGUACAUUUUAGUCAUUUAGCAGACGCUCUUAUCCAGAGCCACUUACAGUUAGUGAGUGCAUACAUUUUCAUACUGGCCCCAUGUGGGAAACGAACCCACAACCCUGGCGUUGGAAGCGCCAUGCUCUACCAACUGAGCUACAUGGGGACUACAUCAAACAUCUAUCUCUUUCUGGUGCUCCUUACAUUCUGUUUGGUGUCUGAACGUUUUAAAAUGUGUGAGGGCGAGUCUUUUGUGGGUCUGUUUGAAGAGUAGGAGGGUUUCAGGCAGUGUUUUCCCCUUACUGACACAAUGACAUACAGAUCAUGAUGCAUACAUAUUCCUUCCUCCCAUUCCACCAGCCUAAUCACAGCUAGGCCUUUGCAAAUCAGAGCAAAUCAGCCAUUCUAUGCAGUAUUCUAUAUACAGUGUGAAGUUCAAUUCUAUGUGUUGUAUUGAGUAGAGGUGUGAAUAUCAGUGACCGGUUGUAUUGAGUAGAGGUGACAAUACUAAUGUAGUGGUAUUGUUGGUAUGGCGACAAUACUAAUGUAGUGGUAUUGUUGGUAUGGCGACAAUACUAAUUUAGUGGUAUUGUUGGUAUGGCGACAAUACUAAUGUAGUGGCAUUGUUGGUAUGGCGACAGUACUAAUGUAGUGGGUAUUUGUUGGGUAUGGCGACAGUACUAAUGUAGUGGUAUUGUUGGUAUGGGCGACAGUACUAAUGUAGUGUAUUGUUGGGUAUGGCGACAAUACUAAUGUAGUGGAUUGGUUUGUAUGGCGACAAUACUAAGUAGUGUUAUUGUGGUCAUGGGCGACAAUACUAAUGUAGUGGUAUGUUGGUAGGGCGACAAUACAAUUGUAGUGGUAUUGUUGGUAUGGGCGACAAUACUAUUAGUGGUAUUGUUGGUAUGCGACAAGUACUAAUGUAGUGUAUUGUUGGUAUGGCGACAGUACUAAUGUAGUGGUAUUGUUGGUAUGGCGACAAUAACUAAUGUAAGUUGUUAAUUGUUGGUAUGGCGACAAUACUAUGUAGUGGUAUUGUUGGUAUGGCGACAAUACUAAUGUAGUGGUAUUGUUGGUAUGGCGACAAUACUAAUUUAGUGGUAUUGUUGGUAUGGCGACAAUACUAAUGUAGUGGCAUUGUUGGUAUGGCGACAGUACUAAUGUAGUGGUAUUGUUGGUAUGGCGACAGUACUAAUGUAGUGGUAUUGUUGGUAUGGCGACAAUACUAAUGUAGUGGUAUUGUUGGUAUGGCGACAAUACUAAUAUAGUGGUAUUGUUGGUAUGGCGACAAUACUAAUGUAGUGGUAUUGUUGGUAUGGCGACAAUACUAAUGUAGUGGUAUUGUUGGUAUGGCGACAAUACUAAUAUAGUGGUAUUGUUGGUAUGGCGACAAUACUAAUGUAGUGGUAUUGUUGGUAUGGCGACAGUACUAAUGUAGUGGUAUUGUUGGUAUGGCGACAUACUAAUGUAGUGGUAUUGUUGGUAUGGCGACAGUACUAAUGUAGUGGUAUUGUUGGUAUGGCGACAAUACUAAUGUAGUGGUAUUAACCCUGUUGUUGUGUUUCUGUCUCAGAGUGUUCAACCAGACUCUUCUUCUCCUCGUCAUGUAAGCAUCUCUUUAUCUCUCCUCUAAUCUGCCCUCUCUUUGUCCUCCUCUCCUCCCCUGGAAUUAGAACGUUCUCUGCCCCGAGCUGAGCCCUCAAAAUGGAGUCAGUCUGUUACUCCCCCUUUUCUCCCUUGCCCCCCCAACCCCCCCCCCCCCCCCCCCCCCCCCCCCCCACCCCACCCUGCUGCAGGCAUAGGGCUUUAAAUAGCAGACUAGAGUUUAGACUACAGCUCUCUCUCCCCCCCCCCCCCCCCCCCCACCCUGCUGCAGGCAUCGGGCUUUAAAUAGCAGACUAGAGUUUAGACUACAGCUCUCUCCCCUCCUCCUCUCUCCCCCCCCACCCUGCUGCAGGCAUAGGGUGGGGGAAGUCCGGUUGACUGUAGGCUGUCUUUGUUUCUCUACACCCCAACCUAAUCUCUCUCUCCUCUCUCCUCUCUCCUCUCUCCUCUCUCCUCUCUCCUCUCUCCUCUCUCCUCUCUCCUCUCUCCUCUCCCUCUCCUCUCUCCUCUCUCCUCUUUCCUCUCUCCUCUCUCUCCAGGGCCAUAACCGUAUCAUAGUCUACAGUCGGCCCGUCUACUUCUGCCUGUGCUGUGGGUUGAUCUGGGUGUUGGACUAUGGUAGUGAUGGGACCGGCUCGGCCCGGUUCACCCUGUACGGUGUCGCCCUCACCAGCUCCCUGGUUCUCUCCACUGCCAGGGACCUCGUCAUAGGUGAGUCUUUAUACUGCUGCUAAUUGGACAACAUGGACACUUGGAGGGGGUUUCCUGGAGACAGAUUCGGGAAAAGCAAUUUUGAUGGAAAUGAUCCCUUACUGUGCCUCCAGAAAGUAUUCAUCACCUUUGACUUAUUCCACAUUUUGUUGUUCCAGCCUGAAUUCAAAAUUGAUUUAAAUAUUAUUAUUUUUUCUCACCCAUCUACACACAAUACCCCAUAAUGACAAAGUGAAAACAUGUUUUUAGAAAUGUUAGCAAAUGUAUUGAAAAUGAAAUACAGAAAUAUCUAAUUUACAUACAGUUGAAGUCGGAAGUUUACAUACACCUUAGCCAAAUACAUUUAAACUCAGUUUUUCACAAUUGCUGACAUUUAAUCCUAGUAAAAAUUCCCUGUUUUAGGUCAGUUAGGAUCCCCACUUUAUUGUCUUGAGAUGUUGCUUCAAUAUAUCCACAUCAUUUUCCUUCCUCAUAAUGCCAUCAAUUUUGUGAAGUGCACCAGUCCCUCCUGCAGCAAAGCACCCCCACAGCAUGAUGUUGCCACCCCCGUGCUUCACGGUUGGCAUGGUGUUCUUCGGCUUGCAAGCCUUCCCCUUUUUCCUCCAAACAUAACAAUGGUCAUUAUGGGCAAACAGUUCUAUUUUUGUUUCAUCAGACCAGAGGACAUUUCUUUGUAAAAAAGAUUCCACUUUGACAUUAUGGGGUAUAUGUUUGAGAAAAAAUCUCAAUUUAAUCCAUUUUAAAUUCUGGCUGUAACACAACUAAAUGUGGAAAAAGUCAAGGGGUAUGAAUACUUUCUGAACGCACUGGAUGUGUUGAUUAUCUAGCUUAAUAUUUUGACUACUUAUUAAGAUGUGUUGUGAAUGUGGUCAUAUAAAGUGAGCAUAUUUAAUACAUACAGUAUCAUAAGAACAGUUACUAUCAUUUUGUAAAGUGUGCUGCUUACAUUUGACUGAAGUGAGCUACGUGCUCGUGACCAAACCCCAUUGUCCCAGUCAUUAUAACCGUAUAUACUCGAUAUAUACAAAAGUAUGUGGACACCCCUUCAAAUUAGUGGAUUCGGCUAUUUCAGCGACACCUGUUGCUGACAGGUAUAUAAAAUCGAGCACACAGCCAUGCAAUCUCCAUAGACAAACAUUGGCAGUAGAAUAGCCUUACUGAAGAGCUCAGUGACUUUCAACGUGGCACCGUCAUAGGAUGCCACCUUUCCAACAAGUCAGUUUGUGAAAUUUCUGCCCUGCUAGAGCUGCCCCGGUCAACUGUAAGGGCUGUUAUUGUGAAGUGGAAAUGUCUAGCAGCAACAACGUAUCAGCCGCGAAGUGGUAGGCCACACAAGCUCACAGAACGGGACCGCUGAGUGCUGAAGCACGUAGUGCAUAAAAAAUCGUCUGUCCUCGGUUGCAACACUCACGAGUUCCAAACUGCCUCUGGAAGCAACGUCAGCACUAUAACUGUUCGUCGGGAGCUUCAUGAAAUGGGUUUCCAUGGCCGAGCAGCCGCACACAAGCCUAAGAUCAUCAUGCGCAAUGCCAAGCGUCGGCUGGAGUGGUGUAAAGCUCGCCGCCAUUGGACUCUGGAGCAGUGGAAACGCGUUCUUUGGAGUGAUGAAUCGCACCAUCUGGCAGUCCGACGGACGAAUCUGGGUUUGGCGGAUGCCAGGAGAACACUACCUGCCCGAAUGCAUAAUGCCAACUGUAAAAUUUGGUGGAGGAGGAAUAAUGGUCUGGGGCUGUUUUUCAUGGUUCGGGCUAGGCCCCUUAGUUCCAGUGAAGGGAAAUCUUAACGCUACAGCAUACAAUUACAUUCUAGACAAUUCUGUGCUUCCAACUUUGUGGCAACAGUGUGAGGAAGGCCCUUUCCUGUUUCAGCAUGACAAUGCCUCCGUGCUCAAAGCGAGGUCCAUACAGAAAUGGUUUGCUGAGAUCGGUGUGGAAGAACUUGACUGGCCUGCACAGAGCCUUGACCUCAACUCCAUCGAACACCCUUUGGGAUUAAUUGGAACGCCGACUGCGAGCCAGGCCUAAUCGCCCAACAUCAGAGUCCGACCUCACUAAUGCUCUUGUGGCUGAAUGGAAGCAAUUCCCCGCAGCAAUGUUCCAACAUCUAGUGGAAAGCCUUCCCAGAAGAGUGGAUGCUGUUAUAGCAGCAAAGGGGGGGGACCAACUCCAUAUUAAUGGCCAUGAUUUUUGGAAAGAGAUGUUCGACAAGCAGGCGUCCACAUACUUUUGGCCAGUGUAUUAUUACUAACCACCUCUUCUCUCUGCAGUGUUCACUCUGUGCUUUCCUAUCGUGUUCUUCGUGGGGCUCCUCCCCCAGGUCAACACCUUCGUAAUGUACCUCUUUGAGCAGCUGGAUAUCCACGUGUUCGGGGGGAACGGUGAGGGACACUUUCGGAUGUCAAGUUUAUUUUCAAUAUAUGACAGGCCCUAAUCGUCCGGUUGUUAUUGUAAAAGAUAAAUGUGUAUCAGACCCCAUGUAUCGAAAAGGGACGGAUGCACAUCCCUAAUAAAAUGUAAUAAAUACAUUUGAAGUCUGACCUUACCACAGCUCUCUCAAUAAAAGUUCACAGGGUCUCUCUGCAAGGGUCUCUUAGUUUGACCUCCCUUUAACCUUUGACAUCUACACAUUGUGACACUGAGAGAAUGCUGAUUUGCACAAAAUGUCAAACGCUAUCUGGUAUGUAUAAGUGAUGCUGACCUCGUGUGUCCACAGCCUCCACCAGCCUUCUGUCAUCUCUUUACAGUGUCCUGCGAAGCGUGGUCACUGUGGCCCUGCUCUAUGGCGUCUGCUACGGGGCCCUGAAGGUCAGUCUGAACUAACCUCGAGCCUCCUCCUCUCUCCCAGUAUUAUGAAUAUCAACUGAUCCAAUAAAAGAUCUGGUGACGUGUGAUGGCUGACGCCUGUGUGUGUUCUGUUGUUCUAACGCCUGUGUUUGAAUGUGUUCUAAUCUCUGUAUCCACCCUCAUUUUCUAACGUUGCUAUGGGCACAGCCAAACAAUGGAAGUGAUGGAUUCGACUUCCUCUUUACUUCCCUUUACUUCCCUCUUUACUUCCCUACUGUGAUUGAUUGGACUUCCUCUUUACUUCCUUACUGUGAUGGAUUGGACUUCCUCUUUACUUCCUUACUGUGAUGGAUUGGACUUCCUCUUUACUUCCCUACUGUGAUGGAUUGGACUUCCUCUUUACUUCCUUACUGUGAUGGAUUGGACUUCCUCUUUACUUCCUUACUGUGAUGGAUUGGACUUCCUCUUUACUUCCCUAAUGUGAUGGAUUGGACUUCCUCUUUACUUCCUUACUGUGGAUUGGACUUCCUCUUUACUUCCCUAAUGUGAUGGAUUGGACUUCCUCUACUUCCUUACUGUGAUGGAUUGGACUUCCUCUUUACUUCCCUAAUGUGAUGGAUUGGACUUCCUCUUUACUUCCCUAAUGUGAUGGAUUGGACUUCCUCUUUACUUCCUUACUGUGAUGGAUUGGACUUCCUCUUUACUUCCCUACUGUGAUGGAUUGGACUUCCUCUUUACUUCCCUACUGUGAUGGAUUGGACUUCCUCUUUACUUCCCUACUGUGAUGGAUUGGACUUCCUCUUUACUUCCCUACUGUGAUGGAUUGGACUUCCUCUUUACUUCCCUAAUGUGAUGGAUUGGACUUCCUCUUUACUUCCUUACUGUGAUGUAUUGGACUUCCUCUUUACUUCCCUAAUGUGAUGGAUUGGACUUCCUCUUUACUUCCCUACUGUGAUGGAUUGGACUUCCUCUUUACUUCCCUACUGCAGUGCUCCGGUGGCAAACUUGCCAGAGUAUAUUAUUUGAAGGAGUCAAUUUAUAGAGUAUAAAAGUAAACAAGUAUGAGUGUAAAUGUGUAUUUAGACUCAUUGACUUUUUCCAUAUUUUUUUACACUACAGCCUUAUUUUAAAAUUGAUUAAAUUGUUUUUUUCCCUCCUCAAUUUACACACAAUACCCCAUAAUAACAAAGCAAAAACAGGUUUUUAGAAAUUGUUGCUAUUUUUUUAUUUAUUUUUAACAACAUCACAUUUACGUAAGUAUUCAGACCCUUUCCUCAGUACUUUGUUGAAGCACCUUUGGCAGCGAUUACAGCCUCGAGUCAUCUUGGGUAUGACGCUACAAUCUUGGCACACCUGUAUUUGGGGAGUUUCUCCCAUUCUUCUCUGCAGAUCCUCUUAAGCUCUGUCAGGUCGGAUGGGGAGCAUUGCUGCACAGCUAUUUUCAGGUCUCACCAGAGAUGUUCAAGUCCUGGCUCUGGCUGGGCCACUCAAGGGCAAUCAGACUUGUCCCGAAGCCACUCCUGCGUUGUCUUGGCUUUGUGCUCAGGGUCCUGUUGGAAGUGAACCUUCGUCCCAGUCUGAGGUCCUGAGCGCUCUGGAGCAGGUUUUCAUCAAGGAUCUCUCUGUACUUUGCUCCGUUCAUCUUUGCCUCGAUCCUGACUAGUCUCCCAGUCCCUGCCGCUGAAAAACAUCCCCACAGCAUGAUGCUGCCACCACCAUGCUUCACCGUAGGGAUGGUGCCAGGGUUUCUCCAGAUGUGACGCUUGGCAUUCAGGCCAAAGAGUUCAAUCUUGUUUCUCAUGGUUUGAGAGUCUUUAGGUGCCUUUGGCAAACUCCAAGCGGGCUGUCAUGUGCCUUUUACUGAGGCGUGGCUUCUGUCUGGCCACUCUACCAUAAAGCCCUGAUUGGUGGAGUGCUGCAGAGAUGGUUGUCCUUCUGGAAGGUUCUCCCAUCUCCACAAACAAACUCUAGAGCUCUGUCAGAGUGACCAUCGGGUUCUUGGUCUCCUCCCUGAUCAAAGCCCUUCCUACCCCGACUGCUCAGUUUGGCCGGGCGGCCAGCUCUAGGAAGAGUCUUGGUGGUUCCAAACUUCUUCCAUUUAAGAAUGAUGGAGGCCACUUUGUUCUUGGGGACCUUCAAUGCUGCAGAAAUUCUUUGGUACCCUUCCCCAGAUCUGUACCUCGACACAAUACUGUCUCGGAGCUCUACGGACAAUUCCUUCGACCUCAUGGCUUGGUUUUUGCUCUGACAUGCACUGUCAACUGUGGGACCUUAUAUAGACAGGUGUGUGCCUUUCCAAAUCAUGUCCAAUCAAUUGAAUUUACCACAGGUGGACUCCAAUCAAGUUGUAGAAACAUCUCCAAGGAUGAUCAAUGGAAACAGGAUGCAUCAGAGCUCAAUUUCGAGUCUCAUAGCAAAGGGUCUGAAUACUUAUGUAAAUAAGGUUUCUGUUUUUUAUUUUUAAUACAUUUGCAGAAAUGUCUAAACCUGUUUUCGCGUUGUCAUUAUGAGGAUUUUUAUUUAAUCUAUUUUAGAAUAAGUGGAAAAAGUCGAGGCGUCUGAAUACUUUCCGAAGGCGCUGUAUGUAGUUGUAUUGUGUCAGGGGUAAGGGCCAUCCACCAAGCCAAUAGCAAUAACUAUAACGAUAAACUACAGGCUACGUAAUUAUAAAAUGUUGGUGAGCCUCCACACUAGAGGAAAGUUUGUUAAUCGUUCUUCAGUCCUUCACCUGUCAAUCAACUGAUCAACACAUCCUACUGCACACUGCCUAUUAAUAAGGAAGUAACUCAAGACCAUUCAGUGCUUUCAGGAUUCAUUGUCAUAGUGACAACAGCAAAUAAUAUUUCUAUGUACGUGUAGGCCUAAUGAAUAAUACAGUAACUCGUAUUUUAAAUGUAGCAAUUCAACAACAAACGCUGUUUAGCCUGCGCAUCUUUUACAGGAUGUUAUUGCCUCGUUGCUCAAGUGGUUUGCAAGUUAUUUCCAUUUUUCACUGUCUUCAUCUCUUGUGUCCUGUGCAACAAUGUUAUCAUCACUGGCCAAAGAGAUCACACCAUCGCACUCUCUCCUCAACUUUCGCCGACAUGCAUUUUCUAUGCUGUAGGCCUGUUUUUUACAUUCAGCAAUUAGCAAGAGGAAGCCUGCUUCUCUCCUCCGAUAGACUAUUAGGAUAAAAAAUUAUCACGCUCUGUGUUGUCCACGUGGUCCUAAAUCUAUCUGGCUGAAACCACCAAACACCGCUCUGAGGAGUCCGCAUGGUCCUAAAGCACACCAGUGCCGCUUUUUGUAUUACAGUGCAAUGAUAAAACUGGGUGGGACAAAAAUGCCAAUUUCAGAAUGUGUGGGGGGGAGGGGAGGGGGGGGGGUUUAUGAAGAGAUUAUGAAAUGGCAGAUCUGUGCGUUCUUCCAGGCUGUGCUCUGGCCUAUUGGAAAAUAUGGGCUUCUCCUUUCCAACUACCCUGCCCGUUCUUAACGCUGUAGCCUAUUUUACAUCCAGCGAGCAAGAUUUAAUUGGAAUAGCCGUUGCAGUGGAGAGGCCAGGGGAGUAAUUGCGCAACAGAACAAAGACAGACAGGCUCGACAUGUAGACUAUAGCCUCAGUGAGAAGAGUAUGCAUAUUAGCCCAUAAUUCACAAGCUCAAUGUGAUAUUGUCCCUGGUUAGCAGCUCGAAAAGCUACCCUAUUGUUUCAGUUAUUUAUUUAGGGACAAGAAAUGUAUCCUACCUAGGCUACAACCACACAAUGUAAUGAUGAAUGUUAUUAUUGUUAUCAAAUGGGUACAAAACUUUUAGUCUAGGCUGUAAACUGCAGUGAAUAGCCUAAGUGAUUUGAAUAACCGCUCAAAAGCCUGGCGUUUUGAAAGCAUAUUAAUUUCGAAACGACUGCAUCUAGCCCGGCUGACAGGGGCAACCAUUUGGAUCAGUUAUGGGCUUUUUCUUGGCAGUUUAGCUUGCACGGUCCAGGCACAUUAGCAGGCCAGUAAUGUGGUGUAUCUUUUUCAGGAUGUAUCGGCUAGCAGAAAAACAUGCUAAUGCAGGGAUUUCUAUUGGCACAAAUAUGAAUUAUCAUAAUGCACGAGCUCGGAGGAAGUUGUAUCCGUAGUUUCCACGUUUUGGCUUCCGUGUUUUUUAAAAGCGUUCUGAAAAUUUGGUGGAUUUAAGGAGACCUGGGAACGCCAAUACAUUCCUGUGUUGUUCUCUGUGGUUCUAAUGGGUUCUUAUCGCUGUGAUUCUAGGAGACCUGGGAACGCCAAUACAUUCCUGUGUUGUUCUCUGUGGUUCUAAUGGGUUCUUAUCGCUGUGAUUCUAGGAGGCCUGGGAACCCCAGCAUAUCCCUGUGUUAUUUUCGGUGUUCUGUGGCCUCCUGGUGGCGGUCUCCUACCAUCUGAGCCGGCAGAGCAGCGACCCCUCUGUACUCAUGUGAGUAUAUCCUACAGGACCUCCCUCUUUUCUCUGGCCUCCAUCUUUCUUUACUCAGCUUUCCUUGAUGAUAGUCACUCUUACUAGUUUGGUUUGCUUUGUAUUAGCUCUUUGAUGAUGGGAUAUAUCAGUAUGGGCCACUCACUAGUUGCCUUCUCUGUUUCCAGUUCCUUGGUGAAGUCCAUGAUUCUACCCAACCUGAAAAACAAGAACCCAGAAGACCCCCUGUCUGAGGUGCAGGACCCUUUACCAGAGAAGCUCAGGGGCUCCGUGGUGAGUAGAUGGGUAGUUAGUUAGUUAGUUAACUAGGUAGGUAGGUAGUUAGUUAGUUAACUAGGUAGGUAGUUAGUUAGUUAACUAGGUAGGUAGGUAGUUAGUUGGCAGAUGUGCAGGACCAUCUUACUGAGAAGCUCAGGGGCUCCGUGGAUGUAUUUCAAGGCCUACCUUCAAACUCAGUGCCUCUUUGCUUGACAUCGUGGGAAAAUCAAAAGAAAUCAGCCAAGACCUCACAAAUUGUAGACCUCCACAAGUCUGGUUCAUCCUUGGGAGCAAUUUCCAAACGUCUGAAGGUACCACGUUCAUCUGUACAAACAAUAGUACGCAAGUAUAAACACCAUGGGACCACGUAGCCGUCAUACCGCUCAGGAAGGAGACGCGUUCUGUCUCCUAGAGAUGAACGUACUUUGGUGAGAAAAGUGCAAAUCAAUCCCAGAACAACAGCAAAGGACCUUGUGAAGAUGCUGGAGGAAACAGGUACAAAAGUAUCUAUAUCCACAGUAAAACGAGUCCUAUAUCGACAUAACCUGAAAGGCCACUCAGCAAGGAAGAAGCCACUGCUCCAAAACCGCCAUAAAUAUGCCAGACUACGGUUUGCAACUGCACAUGGGGACAAAGAUCGUACUUUUUGGAGAAAUGUCCUCUGGUCUGAUGAAACAAAAAUAGAACUGUUUGGCCAUAAUGACCAUCAUUAUGUUUGGCGGAAAAGGGGGGUUACUUGCAAGCCGAAGAACACCAUCCCAACCGUGAAGCUCGGGGGUGGCAGCAUCAUACUGUGGGGGUGCUUUGCUGCAGGAGGGACUGGUGCACUGAAGACAUCAGUCAGGAAGUUAAAGCUUGUUUGCAAAUGGGUCUUCCAAAUGGACAAUGGCCCCAAGCAUACUUCCAAAGUUGUGGCAAAAUGGCUUAAGGACAACAAAGUCAAGGUAUUGGAGUGGCCAUCACAAAGCCCUGACCUCAAUCAUAUAGAAAAUGUGUGGGCAGAACUGAAAAAGCGUGUGCGAGCAAGGAGGCUGACAAACCUGACUCAGUUACACCAGCUCUGUCAGGAGGAAUGGGCCAAAAUUCACCCAACUUAUUGUGGGAAGCUUGUGGAAGGCUACCCGAAACGUUUGACCCAAGUUAAACAAUUUAAAGGCAAUGUUACCAAAUACUAAUUGAGUGUAUGUAAACUUCUGACCCACUGGGAAUGUGAUGAAAGAAAUAAAAGCUGAAAUAAAUCAUUCUCUCUACUAUUAUUCGGACAUUUCACAUUUAAAAAAUAAAGUGGCGAUCCUAACUGACCUAAGACAGGGAAUUUUUACUAGGAUUAAAUGUCAGGAAUUGUGAAAAACUGAGUUUAAAUGUAUUUGGCUAAGGUGUAUGUAAACUUCUGACUUCAACUGUAGGUAGGUAGAUAAUUAGUUAGGUAAUUAGUUAGAUAGGUCAUUUGUUGGUUAGCUAGUUAUUUGUCAGAGGUGCAGGACCCUCUACCUGAGAAGCUCAGGGGCUCUGUGGUGAGUAGGUAGGUAGGUAGGUAGGUAGGUAGGUAGGUAGGUAGGUCAUGAGUUGGUUAGGGAGGUAGGUAAUUAGUUGGUUGGCUGGUUAGUUAGUUGGUUGGCUGGUUAGUUAGUUGUCAGAGGUGCAGCAGGACCCUCUACCUGUGAUGAUUUGUAACACACUCAGAGAUAAUACAGUCAAAGCUAUAGAAAUAGAGCCAUUCUAAUGAUCUGGUCAGAGCUGGGUCACUGUCUGGUUCUGCUGGUUCUGUUGAUGUUGAGGUCAGAGCUGGGUCACUGUCUGGUUCUGCUGAUGUUGAGGUCUGGUCAGAGCUGGGUCACGGUCUGGUCCUGCUGGUUCUACUAAUGUUGAUGUCUUGUUCUGCUGAUGUUGAUGUUUGAUUCUACUAAUGUUGAUGUCUGGUCCAACUGGCUCCACUCAGGCCUCAUUAUUGAGUCUGUGUAAAUUCAUCCUCCUCGCUCUCAAUUCAAUUCAAUUUGCUUUAUUGGCAUGACUUUGGAGAUUAAGUGAUACAUUUCCAAUAGUAACAUAAAAUAAUAAUAAUCAGUAUUGUCAACGGGACAAUCAGUAACAACAAUAAUAAGGGUAAAACAUAACCAUGUUUAGGCCGAGGUAGGUAUAGUUUUUUGUGUGCUCUUGGGCAGUGAUUCUCAACUGAAGGGUUGUGUGAUUUUAAGGGGUCGUGGGACUUUACACGUGCAGCGCGUCCACAGUGGUGAAAUGGCUUGCUACGUUCGGUCUCACAGUGGUGAAAUGGCUCGCUACGUUCGGUCUCACAGUGGUGAAAUGGCUUGCUACGUUCGGUCUCGGAGGGUGGCUUGCUACGUUCGGUCUCGGAGGGUGGCUUGCUACGUUCGGUCUCGGAGGGUGGCUAGCUACGUUCGGUCUCGGAGGGUAGCUUGCUACGUUCGGUCUCGGAGGGUGGCUUGCUACGUUCGGUCUCGGAGGGUUUUCGCGCUGCACACACUCACUGACCAAUACAAUAACGUUCUCGUCUCACACACACACACACACAUACACACACUGAUCCAAUGAAAUUACAUAUUUCUCGACACACACACACACACACUGAUACAAUAGAAAUGUCAUUCUGCAACAUUGUUUUGUUUUAAAUGUGGCACGUCCAAUCAGAUAACACAGAUCUUCUUCCGACAGCAAGCUUGGUUGACAGCUAACUAUGCAGAUGUGUUCUGCAGGCAUUGCACAUGUGGAUAGUUAGCUGUCGUUUAACUCAAAUAGGCUGUCAGAGUAAAAUCAUGGACACGUUUUUGGUAGAGGUGGUGGUGGUGGUGGCGGCGGUGGUGGCGGUGGUGGUGGAGGCGCCGCCGAGGCUGUCUUUAACACGAUGGAUAUGUACCUGGGCUCCGUGGGACUGGCCUGGGAUGAGUGCGUCGGUGUGACCACUGAUGGGGGCAGCUGCCAUGACGGGAAAGCACCCCGGAGUAGUAAAGCGGAUCCUGGAGAGAGCACCGAGUGAAACGUGGAACUACUGCUUCCUACACAGGGAGGCAUUGGCAGCGGAGGACAGCGGAGGACAGCGGAGUACAGCGGAGGACAGCGGAGGACAGCGGAGGACAGCGGAGGACAGCGAGGACAUGGAGGACAUGGUGCCUGAGUUUCCACGCCGCUCUCCAGAAUGUGAUCAAGUGUGUCAACUAUAUGUGUGUCGACCAGACUAACAUUAAGCAUCUCCAAUCCAAAGUUAAAUCUAGAAUCGGCUUCCUGUUUCGCAAACAAAGCCUCCUUCACUCAUGCUGCCAAACAUGCCCUCGUAAAAUGGACUAUCCUACCGAUCCUUGACUUCGGCGAUGUCAUUUACAAAAUAGCCUCCAACACUCUACUCAGCAAAUUGGAUGUAGUCUAUCACAGUGCCAUCCGUUUUGUCACCAAAGCCCCAUAUACUACCCACCGUUGUGACCUGUACGCUCUUGUUGGCUGGCCCUCACUACAUAUUCGUCGCCAAACCCACUGGCUCCAGGCCAUCUAUAAAUCACUGCUAGGCAAGUCCCUGUCUUGACCAGUGAGAUACACCUCCUUUGGCCGCCAUUCCUUCCAGUUAUCUGCUGCAAAUGACUGGAACGAACUGCAAAAACUCUGAAGCUGGAGACACUUAUCUCCCUCACUAUCUUUAAAUAUCAGUUGUCAGAGCAGCUUACCGAUCACUGCACCUGUACACAGCCAUUCUGAAAUUAGCCCACCCAACUACCUCAUCCCCAUAUUGUUAUUUACAUUGUUAUUUAUUUUGCUCAUUUGUACCCCAGUAUCUCUAUUUGCACAUCAUCUUCUGCACAUCUAUCACUCCAGUGUUAAUACUAAAUUAUAAUUGUAAUGAUUUUGCACUAUGGCCUAUUUAUUGCCUUACCUCCAUAACUUACUACAUUUGCACACACUGUAUAUAGAUUUUCUAUUGUGUUAUUGACUUUAUGUUUUGUUUUACCCCAUAUGUAACUAUGUGUUGUUGUUGUUGUUUUAAUCGCACUGCUUUGCUUUAUCUUGGCCAGGUCGCAGUUGUAAAUGAGAACUUGUUCUCAACUGGCUUACCUGGUUAAAUAAAGGUGAAAUAAAUAAAAUAAAAUAUCUAAAGAGUUCCACAAAAAGCAGGUGUUUCCAGGCCUUCUGCAGGGAUAUGGGGAGCGAGCACCAUCAGGUGCUUUAUCAUGCAGAGGUCCGCUGGCUUUCCAGUGGUAAAGUGUUGAGUCGAUUUUAUGAGCUUCGAGCGGAGAUUGCUGCGUUUCUUUCGGAAAACAAGUCACCUCUGGCCAAACAUUUCCAUUUGUGAGGAAUGUCUCGCUCAGGUUGCCUACCUGGCAGAUAUUUCUGAUCAUCUGAAUUCGCUCAAUGUGUCCACGCGAGGGAGGGGGGCACAAUCGAUUUUAACGGAGGGACAAAGAGGAUGCCUUCAAGAUGAAGUUUACCGUUUGGGCAAAUCAUGUUUCUAACGGGAGGAUUGACAUGUUUCCCAAUGCUGAUUUCGAGAUUCAGAAUCUGAUCAACAAAGCGCACGGCGACACACUGAAAAACCCCAGUUAAACAGCAUCUUGUCAAGCUGCAGGGAAAGUUUUGCGACUUCUUCCCGGAGGAGAAGAGGAGACGACGACGGAUACGGGGGACCCCUUUCGAAUGGAGAUGGGAAGCGUCACGUUGCCAAGCAACGAAGAGGAUCAGCUGGUGAAGCUGUUGUUUGAGCUCGGACUGAACACGCGCUUCGCGGAAAUGACAGUUCUGGUGCAGCGUAGUGGGAGAAGUAUCCUGCUCUCGCCUGUCGAUCAGAAUCAUGCUACCGUUCAGCACUACCCAUCUGUGUGAAGUGGCUUCUCUGCUGUGGCCGUCAACAAACUGGACAGCCAGCAUGACCUCCGAGUUGCCACGUCAACCAUCACCCCAGACUUCAAUAAACGUAUCGAACUGAAGAAACACCCCCAGCUUCCCGCUGAUAGGCCACACCCACACACACAAUAAAUAAACAGGUUAAUGAGUUAUUGUUCACAAUGUUAAUUAUUAUUGUUAAUUAAUUCUGACAUUCAUAUUACAUUUUAUUGAACUGAUUUAAAAACAUACACCUUUUUUUUUUUUUUACAUUUCACAGUUGUGAAACUAUUCACAUGGUAAUUGAUGAUUUAAGAAUUCCUAAUGAUUUGUAUUAUUUAUUUUUUUAAACACUGGUAUGUGUUACUGUUCAUUUAACAUUAUUGGACUGGUUUUGAUGUCAUGUUCUGAGUCCGGUCAUUUAUUACACCCCACUCCUGAACUGGUUGCCUAAUUAAAUGGCUUAUUCUCUUGACUUGAUAAUACAUGUUUUCUCAGUGAAUAUGGCUGUGUAAUGACUUUCUUUAAUACCAUAAUAGUAGCCCAUUGAGACGGAGUCUAUUUUUGCAAGUGAAACCUGCCCAAGUAGGCAGCUGCAAUACAACAUUACAAAAUGUAAUCAUCAACAGUCCAUAAUAUUGGGUCGCGACUCAAUUGUCAUUGUUAAAUGAGUGGCGCAGUGGUCUAAGGCACUGCAUCGCAGUGCUAGCUGUGCCACGAGAGAUCCUGGUUCGAAUCCAGGCUCUGUCGUAGCCGGCCGCGACCGGGAGAUCCAUGGGGCGGCGCACAAUUGGCCCUGCGUCGUCCAGGGUAGGGGAGGGAAUGGCCGGCAGGGAUGUAGCUCAGUUGGUAGAGCAUGGCGUUUGCAACGCCAGGGUUGUGGGUUCGAUUCCCACGGGGGGCUAGUAUGAAAAAUAAAACAAUGAAAACAAACAAAAACACAAUUUAUAAUGUAUGCACUCACUAACUGUAAGUCGCUCUGGAUAAGAGCGUCUGCUAAAUGACUAAAAUGUAAAUGUUAAAUUUGGGUCCCCAGGCAAAACCAGUUGUGAACCACUGCUCUAGGGCAAUGUGUCUAGCUGGAAUUUGUAUUUGUAGUCUUGGCAACUGGACCUUUUUUUGGAACACCAUUUUUUUUGUCAUACUGCUAUUUGCUGUCAGGGCCCAGGUCUGACAGAAUCUGUGCAGAAGAUCUAGGUGCUCCAACCCCUUCUCUCCUAAUCCAAUCAGAGCUGGGUCGCUGUCAUGUCUCUGGGCUGUAGGCCAAGGAUGUUAAUGUUGAUGUGGAAUUCCAAACCUUACUGUUCUUAUGCGUAGACAUCAAUAUCAACCACCCCUGGUUCUCUCCUGGCUGGUCCCAGAUCUGUUUGGGUCUUUUUAUUUAUUAGGAUUCCCAUUAGCUCACUCCCAGGAAGAGUAGCUUCCUGGGGGUGUUGGCUACACAGCUACACAGUUAGUCUGUCUGUCUCCUAACCUAACCGUCUUCCUGUCUGUCCCUCAGAACGAGCGUCUGCACUCUGACCUGAUCGUCUGUGUCGUCAUCGCCGUCCUCUACUUCGCCAUCCACGUCAGCACCGUGUUCAUCGUUCUGCAGGUACAGUAGAGCUCUGCCACGUCAGCACCAUGUUCAUUCAUCAUAGGUACACGUCAACGAUGACAGACAAAUUGAGAAAAAAAAUCCAGAAAAUCACAUUGUAGGAUUUUUAAUGAAUUUAUUUGCAAAUUAUGGUGGAAAAUAAGUAUUUGGUCACCUACAAACAAGCAAGAUUUCUGGCUCUCACAGACCUGUAACUUCUUCUUUAAGAGGCUCCUCUGUCCUCCACUCGUUACCUGUAUUAAUGGCACCUGUUUGAACUUGUUAUCAGUAUAAAAGACACCUGUCCACAACCUCAAACAGUCACACUCCAAACUCCACUAUGGCCAAGACCAAAGAGCUGUCAAAGGACACCAGAAACAAAAUUGUAGACCUGCACCAGGCUGGGAAGACUGAAUCUGCAAUAGGUAAGCAGCUUGGUUUGAAGAAAUCAACUGUGGGAGCAAUUAUUAGGAAAUGGAAGACAUACAAGACCACUGAUAAUCUCCCGCAAGAUCUCACCCCGUGGGGUCAAAAUGAUCACAAGAACGGUGAGCAAAAAUCCCAGAACCACACGGGGGGACCUAGUGAAUGACCUGCAGAGAGCUGGGACCAAAGUAACAAAGCCUACCAUCAGUAACACACUACGCCGCCAGGGACUCAAAUCCUGCAGUGCCAGACGUGUCCCCCUGCUUAAACCAGUACAUGUCCAGGCCCGUCUGAAGUUUGCUAGAGUGCAUUUGGAUGAUCCAGAAGAGGAUUGGGAGAAUGUCAUAUGGUCAGAUGAAACCAAAAUGGAACUUUUUGGUAAAAACUCAACUCGUCGUGUUUGGAGGACAAAGAAUGCUGAGUUGCAUCCAAAGAACACCAUACCUACUGUGAAGCAUGGGGGUGGAAACAUCAUGCUUUUGGGGCUGUUUUUCUGCAAAGGGACCAGGACGACUGAUCCGUGUAAAGGAAAGAAUGAAUGGGGCCAUGUAUCGUGAGAUUUUGAGUGAAAACCUCCUUCCAUCAGCAAGGGCAUUGAAGAUGAAACGUGGCUGGGUCUUUCAGCAUGACAAUGAUCCCAAACACAACCGCCCGGGCAACGAAGGAGUGGCUUCGUAAGAAGCAUUUCAAGGUCCUGGAGUGGCCUAGCCAGUCUCCAGAUCUCAACCCCAUAGAAAAUCUUUGGAGGGAGUUGAAAGUCCGUGUUGCCCAGCGACAGCCCCAAAACAUCACUGCUCUAGAGGAGAUCUGCAUGGAGGAAUGGGCCAAAAUACCAGCAACAGUGUGUGAAAACCUUGUGAAGACUUACAGAAAACGUUUGACCUGUGUCAUUGCCAACAAAGGGUAUAUUACAAAAGUAUUGAGAAACUUUUGUUAUUGACCAAAUACUUAUUUUCCACCAUCAUUUGCAAAUAAAUUCAUUAAAAAUCCUACAAUGUGAUUUUCUGGAAAAAAAAUUCUCAUUUUGUCUGUCAUAGUUGACGUGUACCUAUGAUGAAAAUUACAGGCCUCUCUCAUCUUUUUAAGUGGGAGAACUUGCACAAUUGGUGGCUGACUAAAUACUUUUUUUCCCCACUGUGUGUAUGUGUAUAUAUAUAUAUAUAUACAGGUAAAAGUCAGUAAAUUAGAAUAUUUUGAAAAACUUGAUUUAUUUCAGUAAUUGCAUUCAAAAGGUGUAACUUGUACAUUAUAUUUAUUCAUUGCACACAGACUGAUGCAUUCAAAUGUUUAUUUCAUUUAAUUUUGAUGAUUUUAAGUGGCAACAAAUGAAAAUCCAAAAUUCAGUGUGUCACAAAAUUAGAAUAUUACUUAAGGCUAAUACAAAAAAGGGAUUUUUUAGAAAUGUUGGCCAACUGAAAAGUAUGAAAAUGAAAAAUAUGAGCAUGUACAAUACUCAAUACUUGGUUGGAGCUCCUUUUGCCUCAAUUACUGCAUUAAUGCGGCGUGGCAUGGAGUCGAUGAGUUUCUGGCACUGCUCAGGUGUUAUGAGAGCCCAGGUUGCUCUGAUAGUGGCCUUCAACUCUUCUGCGUUGUUGGGUCUGGCAUUCUGCAUCUUCCUUUUCACAAUACCCCACAGAUUUUCUAUGGGGCUAAGGUCAGGGGAGUUGGCUGGCCAAUUUAGAACAGAAAUACCAUGGUCCGUAAACCAGGCACGGGUAGAUUUUGCGCUGUGUGCAGGCGCCAAGUCCUGUUGGAACCUGAAAUCUCCAUCUCCAUAGAGCAGGUCAGCAGCAGGAAGCAUGAAGUGCUCUAAAACUUGCUGGUAGACGGCUGCGUUGACCCUUGAUCUCAGGAAACAGAGUGGACCGACACCAGCAGAUGACAUGGCACCCCAAACCAUCACUGAUGGUGGAAACUUUACACUAGACUUCAGGCAACGUGGAUCCUGUGCCUCUCCUGUCUUCCUCCAGACUCUGGGACCUCGAUUUCCAAAGGAAAUGCAAAAUUUGCUUUCGUCAGAAAACAUGACUUUAGACCACUCAGCAGCAGUCCAGCUCUUUUUUUCCUUAGCCCAGGUGAGACGCUUUUCGCGCUGUUUCUUGGUCAACAGUGGCUUGACACGAGGUAUGCGGCAGUUGAAACCCAUGUCUUUCAAGCGUCUCUUGGUGGUGGAUCUUGAAGCCCUGACUCCAGCAGCUGUCCACUCCUUGUGAAUCUCCCCCACAUUUUUGAAUGGGUUUUUUUUUCACAAUCUUGACUAGGGCGCGGUGAUCCCUAUCGCUUGUACACUUUUUCUGACCACAGUUUUUCCUUCCCUUUGCCUCUCUAUUAAUGUGUUUGGACACAGAGCUCUGAGAACAGCCAGCCUCUUCUGCAAUAACCUUUUGUGUCUUUCCCUCCUUGUGCAAUGUGUCGAUGGUCGCCUUUUGGACAGCUGUCAAAUCUGAAGUCUUCCCCAUGUUUGUGUAGGCUUCAGAACUGGACUGAGAGACCAUUUAAAGCCCUUUGCAGGUGUUUUGAGUUAAUCAGCUGAUUAUUUUUGUGGCACCAGGUGUCUUCAAAAUGUAACCCUUACACAAUAUUCUAAUUUUGUGACACACGGAAUUUUGGAUUUUCAUUUGUUGCCACUUCAAAUCAUCAAAAUUAAAUGAAAUAAACAUUUGAAUGCAUCAGUCUGUGUGCAAUGAAUAAAUAUAAUGUACAAGUUACACCUUUUGAAUGCAAUUACUGAAAUAAAUCAAGUUUUUCAAAAUAUUCUAAUUUACUGACUUUUACCUGUGUAUAUAUAUAUAUACAUAUAUAUAUAUAUAUAUAUAUAUAUAUAUAUAUAUAUAUAUAUAUAUAUUGUAUGCACUCACUAACUGUAAGUCGCUCUGGAUAAGAGCGUCUGCUAAAUGACUAAAAUGUAAAAAAAAAAAAAUGGUCGCCAUCUCUUUUUGCCGUUGUGCCCUUGAGUAAGGCACUAAACUGCUUUGGUGGCAUUGCAAUGCUCCUGGUUUCCAACCUCUUGGUGUGUGUGUCGAGCAGUUGAGUCCUUAUAAGGAAAGACCUGAUUUUAAAAUAAGUUGACACUAUAUAAUUUUUUUAAUCUUAUCACAUGUAUGACGUCUUUGUAUGUUAAACUCUGUCUCGUUUCCCUGUGCACCCCAGCCGUUCCUGAGUUACGUGCUCUACUCUCUACUGGGGGCCGUGGGCCUGCUAACCCACUACCUGCUGCCACAAGUCCGCAAGCAGCUGCCCUGGUACUGCCUCUCACAGCCACUGCUCAAGACCAAGGAGUACCACCUGUUUGAGUUCAGGGGUCAGUCACCCCAAGUUCUUUUACCUUAUCUCAGUUGAAUCCACUGAUUUUUUGUAGGCUAAGUCUCUCAGGGUAAGAGCGUCUGCUCAAUGACUAAAAUUGAUAUUUGAGUACCCCACGGGAGGUGGUGGGAAGUUAUUUUCCAAGUGUCAAUAAAACAAAUAUGAAGUGUAAUGGUUAUAAGAACAUACGUACCCACUCGGCUAACUGACGUAACGAACCCUUUGUUUGUAGGUGAGGCCCAUGUGAUGUGGUUUGAGAGGCUCUAUGUGUGGCUGUUGUUCUUGGAGAAGAAUGUUCUGUAUCCCCUGGUCAUCCUCAACGAGCUGAGUGGCAGCGCCAGGGAACUGGCCAGUCCCAGGAAACUGGACACUGAGUGAGUCCUCUACCUACUAGUAACUAUCUAACUGUCUGUCCCUCUGUCUGUCCGUCCAUCUCUCUCUGUCUGUCUGUCUCUCUCUCUCUCCUCUCCUCUCCCUGUCUGUCUCUCUCUCCUCUCUCUCUCUCUCUCUCUCUCUCUCUCCUCUCUCUCUCUCUCUCUCUCUCUCUCUCUCUCUCUCUCUCUCCUCUCUCUCCCUCUCUCUCUCUCUCUCUCUCUCUCUCUCCUCUCCUCUCCUCUCCUCUCCUCUCCUCUCCUCCCUCCCUGCCUGUCUUCUUUAUAUCUUCUGCAUGUUUCUUUCUCCUCUGUGGAUUGUCUCUCUGUUCUGUGUCUCACAUGGUAACCCAGUGUGCAAAGGUGGUUGAAGUGAGGUCAGUUUACACCCAGUUUCCAAUCAGCUGGUAAUCUGUAAUCUAUCCUGUUGUAUUUUGUAUUUGUGUCAUCUUAACCAACUAGUUAAGCAGGAGUCUUCAUGUACCUUGGUUGGUCUUAUAACAUCCUAUUCUUAUCUCUCUUUUCAUCUCCCCCCAACCCCGCCCCCUCUCUCUCUCUCUCCCCCCCCUCUCUCUCCUCCCCCUCCUCUCUCUCUCUCCCCCCCCCCCCCCCCCCCUCUCUCUCCUCCCCCUCCUCUCCUCUCCAGGGUUGGAGCGUUGAUGAUAACAGUGGCAGGUCUGAAGCUGCUUCGUUCCUCCUACAGUAGCCCCACCUACCAGUACAUCACAGUACUCUUCACCGUCCUCUUCUUCACCUUCGACUACCGCAACCUCUCGGAGACCCUGCUGCUGGACCUCUUCCUCAUGUCCAUCGUCUUCAGCAAGGUGACAAAGCAUUUUACCCUGACAUCUGGGCCCUGUUCAUUAGGGCACACAGUAACUAAAUGUUUUGCAAUAGAAAAUGUGCCAGAGUUCAAUAGUUAGUUGUGUUUUUUCCUCCUACUGCCACACAGCCCUGUGCUAUGUAAUGUGAUAUACAGGUUGUUCAGUGUAUAGAACAUCCAACUAGUGUCUGGGUAGUUCAGAUGAGUUUAACACUCUCUCUCUUUGUCUGUUGUCUGUCUGUCUGUCUGUCUGUCGUCUGUCUGUCUGUCUGUCUCUCUGUCUGUCUCUCUGUCUGUCGUUCUGUCUGUCUGUCUGUCUUGUCUGUCUCUGUCUGUCUUGUCUGUCUGUCUCUGUCUGUCUCUGUCUGUUGGAUCUGUUGUCUGUCUGUCUGUCUGUCUGUGUCUGUCUGUCUGUCUCUGUCUGUAUGUCUGUCGUCUCUGUCUGUCUGUGUCUGUCUGUCUCUGUCUGUCUGUCCUGUCUGUUCUGCUCUGUCUGGUCUGUUCGUCUCUGUCGUGCUAUGUCUGUCUGUCUCUGUCUGUCUCUGUCUGUGUUGAUCUGUCUCGUCUUGUCUGUCUUUGUUCUCUUUGUCUAUCUUUGUCUCUCUAUGUCUCUCUCUGUCUCUCUCGUUCUCUCUCUCUUCUCUCUCUCUCUCUCCUCUCUCUCUCUCUCUCUCAUCUUCUCUCUCUCUCUCCUCUCAUCUCUCUCUCUCCUCCCCCCCCCCCCCCCCCCCCCCCCAUCCUGUAGCUGUGGGAGCUGUUCUACAAGCUGUGUUUUGUCUACACCUACAUCGCUCCCUGGCAGAUCACCUGGGGGUCAGCCUUCCACGCCUUCGCCCAGCCCUUCGCCCAGCCUCGUAUCCUUCAUUCACCGGGCUCACCAUAGACCUCCACAUCACUAGUGUCAGUCCAACCUCAGCAGAUGGUUAAAGAGCUUUGGCUCCGUUAUCAGCUCUACGUCCGUGUUAAACCCCAGUCAGAUGUUAAAGGACUUGAUACACAGCCAACCCUUUCCUUGACUGCUUUCACCCGGAUAAUGUCAUCAAUUAUUUUGGGGACUUGGUGUCUCUAUGAUUUAUGAAAGGUCUUGUGCUGUUUCUUCUAAAGCUCCUUGACUCCUUAGCCCUCUCCCAGACUCUGCCAUGCUGUUUGUUCAGGCUGUGGUGUCAGCAGUCCUCUCUACUCCGCUCAACCCCUUCCUGGGCAGCGCCAUCUUCAUCACCUCCUAUGUCAGACCCGUCAAGUUCUGGGAGAGAGACUACAAGUAACGAGCUCUCUGAAACUGCUAUGGCCGUGUUCUGAUUCUUUACCCUCCUCCCAAAGUGUACCCUGUGUUCUGACUCUUUACCCUCCUCCCAAAGUGUACCCUGUGUUCUGACUCUUUACCCUCCUCCCAAAGUGUACCCUGUGUUCUGAUUCUUUACCCUCCUCCCAAAGUGUACCCUGUGUUCUGACUCUUUACCCUCCUCCCAAAGUGUACCCUGUGUUCUGACUCUUUACCCUCCUCCCAAAGUGUACCCUGUGUUCUGACUCUUUACCCUCCUCCCAAAGUGUACCCUGUGUUCUGACUCUUUACCCUCCUCCCAAAGUGUACCCUGUGUUCUGACUCUUUACCCUCCUCCCAAAGUGUACCCUUGCACACUGCCUCUCAUGGUUCCACGAAGGGGAGAGUGCUAGUGUACACUCCGGGAGAAGAGUUAAAAAAUUAGAAUCAGUGUAUUGAUUUGACUCCUGUUGGUCCAUUUUUGUUUGUCUGUGUGUGAUUCUUGCCUGAUCUGUUGUCUAUUGCAGCACUAAGAGAGUGGAUCACUCCAACACCAGACUGGCGUCUCAGCUGGACAGAACCCCAGGUGGAGGUCUUUAUCUGUAGCUACGGUUUAACUCACAGUCCAAUUUGAUCGACUAGAAUGCUCUGAUCUAGCCGUAUUACCAAACGUUCUUCUCACCUUCAGCUUGCGUACACGGUUCAUGUACCUUGGUUGGAAAGAGGCAGUAGUAAAUCCUAUAUAAUGACUUGUGCUACUUCCAGUAGCUUCAGGUUUUCAACGCUAGCCUCUCACCAUUCAACUAAACUUAUUCGACUACCAUAAACAUACUUUGGACCAGCUGAAGAAAGUCACACAAUUUUCAUUCAGGAAAAUGUCCCUUUGUAGUUGAGCUUAAUUCCUCCCUCCCUCCCUCCCUCCCUCCCUCCCCCUCCCUCCCUCCUUCCCUCCCUCCCUCCCUCCUUCCUUCCUUCCUCCCUCCCUUCCUCCCUUCCUCCUCCAGGUUCUGAUGACAACAACCUGAACUCUAUCUUCUAUGAGCACCUGACGCGCUCCCUGCAGCACAGGCUGUGUGGGGAUCUGCUGCUGGGCCGCUGGGGCAACUAUGGGACAGGGGACUGCUUCAUCCUGGCUUCCGACUACCUCAACGCCCUGGUUCACCUGGUGGAGAUCGGCAACGGACUGGUCACCUUCCAGCUCCGAGGACUGGAGUUCAGAGGUCGGGAAGAGGAGGGACUCUCAAAUUAGGCCUUGUAGCAUAGUGUGUAUAUGAAGUGUUCAGGGUUGAGUCCCAAAUGGGACCCUAUUCCAUAUAUAGUGGGUAUUUACUUUAUAGUGCACUACUUCAGGCUCUGGUCAAAAGUAGUGCACUAUAUAGGGAAUAGGGUGCCAUUUGAGACCACCACCCCAGGUCUUGAAGAAGCCUUGUGGAAUUGGGGCCUAAAAUGUCUAAGACGUUGGGGGAAAGGGGGAAGGGGGAAGGGGGGAAAGGGAAGUGAAAAAGGGAAAGGGGAAAGGGGAAGGGGAAGGGGGAAAGGGGGAAAGGGGGUUCUAAGCCGACUAAUGGAAUUGUUUUAAGAUGGUCGUACUAUGGCUCAUUUAGCGAUUUGAUUUAGAAUUUUAGGACCCCUUUAGGUAUAAGAAAAUAUAUAUAUAUAAAAAAUGAUUUGAGAAAAUAUUUCUUUUGGCCUUUACUACUAAAGCCCAUAGAAACACAUUGAAUAACACAUUAAUAAAGGACAGUCAAAACAUAAAGCGUCUGUACUAUAUCUAGGAGAUAUAAAAAAACAUUUUAAUUUUAUAUCACAUAUUUAAACCCUUUUUCUGGGUAGGCACAAAACUACCUUCAUACUUCCAUUAGUUUUUUUUUAAAAUCUGUACCUUCAGACGAGUCCCGUGACACUUGUGGGGGGUCGUAGAGCAAACCGGAGAACACCACCGUGUUCGUGCGAAUCUCCCCUUUCCACAGUGGGGUCCCAUUAGUUGUAUGUCCAACCGUUGCACGUUUGAGAAUAAUGAUUUUCGGGAUGUCUCAUGGUCUGAAAAACACCGCUUUAGCUCUGUCACCUUUCACCGCAGAUGUGGACACUGUUGGAUGCGGUGGAUUGAGACUCAUCCGCAGACACUGUUGGAUGCGGUGGAUUGAGACUCAUCCGCAGACACUGUUGGAUGCGGUGGAUUGAGACUCAUCCGCGGACACUGUUGGAUGCGGUGGAUUGAGACUCAUCCGCGGACACUGUUGGAUGCGGUGGAUUGCAAAAUCCGAUGCAAAAUAAACAACAACAAAAAAAACGUCUCUAGCUUAAACUGACGGAAUUUGAUGGGGAUUUUUUUUAUUUGAUGUAAUAUAGAUUUACGCACCGGUGCAUCAACCAACUCCAGGGGGUUAAGAUCUGCCCUUAUCACCACCGUUUAUGCACAAGUCUCCCAUUGACAUCAGUCAAUUAUAAAAAUUCAGUCAUAGUUUAACUCUUAUAGACUGUUUAUGAAGUCUUAUAGACUGUUUAUAACAUUAUCCCCCCCUCCUCCCCCCCCCCCGGUAUGUACUGCCAGCAGCGGGAGUUAGGGGCUGUAGUGUCAGGGUGUUUAUGAAGCAUUAUAGCAUGUUUAUGAAGCCGUCCCGUCUCCCCCCCCAGGUACGUACUGCCAGCAGAGGGAGGUGGAGGCCAUUACGGAGGGGGUGGAGGAGGAUGAGGGCUGCUGCUGCUGUGAGCCAGGCCACCUGCCCCAUGUCCUGUCCUUCAACGCGGCCUUCGGACAGCGCUGGCUGGCCUGGGAGGUGCUGGUCACCAAGUACGUCCUGGAGGGCUACAGCAUCACGGACAACAGCGCGGCCUCCAUGCUCCAGGUGUUCGACCUCAGACGUAUCCUCACCACCUACUACGUCAAGGUGAGUGACCGUGCUUGUCUAGCUACUAACUUUUUUAAAAUGUAUUUAACCAGAGAAGUCACAUUUUGAGAGUGACAUCUCUUUUUUAAGUGAGCCCUGGUCAAGAAAGCACCACAUAGUUACGCGAGACAGAACAGCACAUACAAAUGAAUGGAAGUUAAAAACUGGUUUAAAAACAUGUGCAAUCUGUGGUCAGCAGCCCUCCAAUUUGGGAUUUAAAAUCAUCAAUCAGAAUAAAAUGAUGUUCCAAUUACUUCAUCUCCUUUGGGACAUUUGGGAACCUCUUCUUGUUCUUGGCAACAUGUUGUGCCUCAUUCCAAGAGUGGUUCAUCUUGGCCAGGUCAUCCAUCAGUUUUUCUCCAGGUGGUUUGUUUUUGUUUUCCUGGUUGUGUCCAUGUUCUAAGUCUGUUGCAUCCUACUCGUGUUUUCUUUAUCUGCCGUCUCUGUGGUUCAGUAAAGAUCUCUGUGGUCCAGGUAAACAUCUCUGUGGUCCUGUAAAGAUCUCUGUGGUCCUGUAAAGAUCUAUGUGGUCCUGUAAAGAUCUCUGUGGUCCAGGAAACAUCUAUGUGGUUCAGUAAAGAUCUCUGUGGUCCUGUAGAGAGAUCUGUGGUCCAGUAAAGAUCUCUGUGGUCCUGUAAAGAUCUCUGUGGUCCUGUAGAGAGAUCUGUGGUCCAGUAAAGAUCUCUGUGGUCCAGUAAAGAUCUAUGUGGUCCAGUAAAGAUCUCUGUGGUCCUGUAGAGAGAUAUGUGGUCCAGUAAAGAUCUCUGUGGUCCUGUAGAGAGAUCUGUGGUCCAGUAAAGAUCUCUGUGGUCCUGUAAAGAUAUCUGUGGUCCAGUAAAGAUAUCUGUGGUCCAGUAAAGAUCUAUGUGGUCCUGUAAAGAUCUAUGUGGUUCAGUAAAUAUCUAUGUGGUCCAGUAAAGAUCUCUGUGGUCCUGUAGAGAGAUCUGUGGUCCAGUAAAGAUCUAUGUGGUCCUGUAGAGAGAUCUGUGGUCCAGUAAAGAUCUAUGUGGUCCUGUAAAGAUCUCUGUGGCCCUGUAGAGAGAUCUGUGGUCCAGUAAAGAUCUCUGUGGCCCUGUAGAGAGAUAUGUGGUCCAGUAAAGAUCUCUGUGGUCCUGUAAAGAUCUCUGUGGUCCAGUGAAGAUAUCUGUGGUCCAGUAAAGAUCUCUGUGGUCCAGGAAACAUCUCUGUGGUCCAGGAAACAUCUCUGUCGCCUAGUAAAGAUCAACUUGUCUUCUCUACUUACUUCCUCUCUCCAGGGGAUCAUAUACUAUGUGAUCGCCUCAACCAAACUGGAGGAGUGGCUGGCCAAUGAGACGAUGAAGGAGGGUCUGAAGGCCUGUGGAGAGAGGAACUACGUGGACCUGGACCCGACCUUUAACCCCAACAUAGACCAAGACUACGACCACCGCCUGGCUGGUAUCUCCAGGGACUCCUUCUGCCAGGUCUACCUGGGCUGGAUCCAGUACUGCAACUCCCGAAGGGCCAAGGUAGAAGCAUGUAGCAUGUAGCCUGAGUCCCAGGUCAGGUCUGUUUGUGUUGUCUUGCCUACUCCAAUGGUCAUUGUUAGGCAUGAUGGCAACCAUAGGAAUUGGCAAAACACCACGAACAGAUCUGGGACCAGACUAAGAAUCAUGUCUGAUUUAAUGUAAAUAAGUCCUUUCAAGGCCAAGGUAGGAACAUGGGCUCUUUCGCAAUGUAUCUUUUCUCAAUUCCUCGCCUCAUUCUCAAAACACAUUGGAGUGGAUGAUCCGAGGGGAUGGACCUUGGGAGGACCUCCUGUGAUAUGGUUGAGUAGGGGAGGAGGUAGACAGUAUGUGAGGAAUCACAGAAAGACUAUUAGAGAUUGAGCCAUGGGAGGGCCUCCCAAGCACUGCAGUGCUGGAGGCGUCACCACAGAUCCGGGUUCGAUCCCGGGCUGUGUUGCAGUCCGGCCGUGACUGGGAGACCCAUGAGGCGGCGCACAAUUGGCCCAGCGUCGUCCGGGUUAGGGAAGGGUUUGGCCGGGCCGGGAUGUCCUUGUCCCAUCGCGCUCUAGCGACUCCUGUGGCGGGCCCGGGCGCCUGCACGCUGACACGGUCGCCAGCCCUACGGCGUUUCCUCCGACACAUUGGUGCGGCUUCCUUCCGGGUUAAGCGAGCACUGUGUCAAGAAGCAGUGCGGCUUGGUAGGGUCGUGUUUCGGAGGACGCAUGGCUCUCGACCUUCGCCUCUCCCGAGUCCGUACGGGAGUUGCAGCGAUGGGACAAGACUGUAACUACCAAUUUGGACAUCACGAAAUUGGGGAGAAUUGGUCUUUGUCUGAAAAUAACACAAACCGUGAGACAGCUACCACUAUUCUGUUGGUUUGUUCAUGACUUUUAUUCCAAUCUAAAUAUAUCUACUUCUACUUUUCCCUCUCCUCUGGAGCCUCUGGACAGUGAGAAGGACUCUUCCCUGGUGUUGCUGUGCUUUGGCCUGUGUGUGCUGGGCAGGAGAGCCCUAGGGUCAUCAUCACACCACAUGUCUAGGUAGGACUGUCACUAGCUACAGUAUCUAUCUGAUCAAUCACAAACUGGACUGUACACUACCGGUCAAAAGUUUUGGACACACCUACUCAUUCAAGGGUUUUUCUUUAUUUUUUACUAUUUUCUACAUUGUUGAAUAAUAGUGAAGACGUCAAAACGAAAAAAGAACACAUAUGGAAUCAUGUAGUAACCAAAAAAGUGUUAAACAAAUCAAAAUAUAUUUUAUAUUUGAGAUUCUUCAAAUAGCCACCCUUUGCCUUGAUGACAGCUUUGCACACUCUUAGCAUUCUCUCAACCAGCUUCAUGAGGUAGUCACCUGGAAUGCUUUUCCAACAGUCUUGAAGGAGUUCCCACAUAUGCUGAGCACUUGUUGGCUGCUUUUCCUUCACUCUGUCACCAGCAAAGCACCCCCACACCAUUAAACCUCCUCCUCCAUGCUUUACGGUGGGAAAUACACAUGUGGAGAUCAUCCAUUCACCCCACACUGCGUCUCACAAAGACACAGCGGUUGGAACCAAAAAUCUAAAAUUUGGACUACAGACCAAAGGACACAUUUCCACCGGUCUAAUGUCCAUUGCUCGUCUUUCUUGGUGUCCUUUAGUAGGUGUUUCUUUGCAACAAUUCGACCAUGAAGACCUAAUUCACACAGUCUCCUCUGAACAGUUGAUGUUGAGAUGUGUCUGUUACUUGAACUCUCUGAAGCAUUUAUUUGGGCUGCAAUUUUUGAGCCUGGUAACUCUAAUGAAUGUGUCCUCUGCAGCAGAGGUAUCUCUGGGUCUUCCUUUCCUGUGGCGGUCCUCAUGAGAGCCAGUUUCAUCAUAGCGCUUGAUGGUUUUUGCGACUGCCCUUGAAGAAACUUUCAAAGUUCUUGAAAUGUUUUGUAUUGACUGACCUUCAUGUCUUAAAGUAAUGAUGGACUGUUGUUUCUCUUUGCUUAUUUGAGCUGUUCUUGCCAUAAUAUGGACUUGGUCUUUUACCAAAUAGGGCUAUCUUCUGUAUACCCCCCCUACCUUGUCACAACACAGCUGAUUGGCUCAAACGCAUUAAGAAGGGAAGAAAUUCCACAAAUUAACUUUUAAGAAGGCACACCUGUUAAUUGAAAUGCAUUCCAGGUGACUACCUCAUGAAGGUGGUUGAGAGAAUGCCAAGAGUGUGCAAAGCUGUCAUCAAAGCAAAGGGUGGCUAUUUGAAGAAUCUCAAAUAUUAAAUAUAUUUUGAUUUGUUUAACACUUUUUGGGUAACUACAGUGAGGGAAAAAAGUAUUUGAUCCCCUGCUGAUUUUGUACGUUUGCCCACUGACAAAGACACAUGAUCAGUCUAUAAUUUGAAUGGUAGGUUUAUUUGAACAGUGAGAGACAGAAUAACAACAAAAAAAUCCAGAAAAACGCAUGUCACAAAUGUUAUAAAUUGAUUUGCAUUUUAAUGAGGGAAAUAAGUAUUUGACCCCUCUCAAUCAGAAAGAUUUUGGCUCCAGGUGUCUUUUUAUACAGGUAACGAGCUGAGAUUAGGAGCACACUCUUAAAGGGAGUGCUCCCUAAUCUCAGUUUGUUACUGUAUAACAUUUUUUCUUCAACCACAGUCCAGUAGGAGUCUUUGGGAUCCAUGCGCUGUUUGGAAACUUCGCUCCACUGGAGCAAUGAUGGACUUGACAGGCCCUGAUAAGUUUGACUGGAUACGUUUACUUAACAGGUGAGAGUUACUGGGAUACGCAUCAAAAAAAUCCGGGGAAACAUACGCAUGUCACAAAUGUACAAUUGAGUUUCGCAUUUCACUGGGAAAUAAGGUAGAUUUGGACCCCCUCUCAAUCAGAAGAGAGUUACCUGGCUCCCAGUGUCAUUCUAAACGUAACGAGGUGAGAUUAGGAGCACACUAACUUAAAGGGAGAGUCCUAAUCCGCAUGUACUGUAAUAAAGGGAGACACCUGUCCACAGAACAACAACCAUGAGAUUCCACUGUCCACAUGGCCCAAGACCACAGGAGAGUACCGGAUCCGUCAGGCACAAUUUUCAACUACACCAGGUGAGAGUACCUGGUAUCAAAACCCCAGGCUGUCGUCCUGAUCCUGAUUUACUGUUUUGUGAUUUGGUGUUGUUGUGAUAUUUUUCCUCCUUCCUGUCUCUUUUCCUCUCUCUCUCCCACCACAUGUCCAGUAACCUGGAGUCUUUCCUGUAUGGACUCCAUGCGCUGUUCAAGGGAGACUUCCGAAUCUCCUCGGUGAGAGAUGAGUGGAUCUUUGCCGACAUGGGAAUCCUGAGGAAGGUGUGUGCCUGGGAUACGAUGUCAUCAAACUACACCAGGUGAGAGUACCUGGGAUACGCAUGUCACUCAAACUACACCAGGGUGAGCGUUACCUGGGAUCGCAUGUCACUCAAACUACACCAAGGUGAGGAGUUACCUGGGAUACGCAUGGUCACUCAAACUACACCAGGUGAGAGUUACCUGGGAUACGCAUGUCACUCAAACUACACCAGGUGAGAGUUACCUGGGAUACGCAUGUCACUCAAACUACACCAGGUGAGAGUUACCUGGGAUCCGCAUGUCACUCAAACUACACCAGGUGAGAGUUACCUGGGAUCCGCAUGUCACUCAAACUACACCAGGUGAGAGUUACCUGGGAUACGCAUGUCACUCAAACUACACCAGGUGAGAGUUACCUGGGAUCCGCAUGUCACUCAAACUACACCAGGUGAGAGUUACCUGGGAUACGCAUGUCACUCAAACUACACCAGGUGAGCGUUACCUGGGAUCCGCAUGUCACUCAAACUACACCAGGUGAGCGUUACCUGGGAUACGCAUGUCACUCAAACUACACCAGGUGAGCGUUACCUGGGAUACGCAUGUCACUCAAACUACACCAGGUGAGAGUCUGGGAUACGCAUGUCACUCAAACUACCCCAGGUGAGAGUUACCUGGGAUACGCAUGUCACUCAAACUACACCAGGUGAGAGUUACCUGGGAUACGCAUGUCACUCAAACUACACCAGGUGAGAGUUACCUGGGAUACGCAUGUCACUCAAACUACACCAGGUGAGCGUUACCUGGGAUACGCAUGUCACUCAAACUACACCAGGUGAGAGUUACCUGGGAUACGCAUGUCACUCAAACUACACCAGGUGAGCGUUACCUGGGAUACGCAUGUCACUCAAACUACACCAGGUGAGCGUUACCUGGGAUACGCAUGUCACUCAAACUACACCAGGUGAGGUUACCUGGGAUACGCAUGUCACUCAAACUACACAGGUGAGAGUUACCUGGGAUCGCAUGUCACUCAAACUACACCAGGUGAGCGUUACCUGGGAUACGCAUGUCACUCAAACUACACCAGGUGAGCGUUACCUGGGAUACGCAUGUCACUCAAACUACACCAGGUGAGCGUUACCUGGGAUACGCAUGUCACUCAAACUACACCAGGUGAGGCGCUACAUGACGGCAAACCUUCUCCGCGUCAAGUCUUCAUUGCUCUAGGGGUAGCAGUAGCCUCACAGUUAGAGAAGCAGGCCAGCAACCACAGGGUAAUGAGGAAAAUCUCCGCCUUUAUUCUACCUCUGUACUGUUUUAUAAAGAAUAAAGAAAUACUGAUCUCCUUUUCUCUCUGUCCCAGGACCACUUCACGUCCCCAGAUGAGUAUGACGAGCCUGUGGUUCUGUUCGAGGCGAUCUCUUCCCACCAGCAGAACCUGGUGAUCGCCCACGAGGGUGACCCGGCCUGGCGCAACGCCGUGCUCUCCAACUCGCCCUCACUACUCACCCUGCGCCACGUCCUGGACGAGGGAACCAACGAGUACAAGGUCAUCAUGCUCAACAGACGAUACCUCAGUUUUAGGGUCAUCAAGGUUAGUAGGUCAUCAUGCUCAACAGACGAUACCUCAGCUUUAGGGUCAUCAAGGUUAGUAGGUCAUCAUGCUCAACAGACGAUAUCUCCGUUUUAGGGUCAUCAAGGUUAGUAGGUCAUCAUGCUCAACAGACGAUACCUCGCUUUAGGGUCAUCAAGGUUAGUAGGUCAUCAUGCUCAACAGACGAUACCUCCAGCUUUAGGGUCAUCAAGGUUAGUAUGUCUCAUUCUCAACAGACGAUACCAUCAGCUUUAGGGUCAUCAAGGUUAGUAGGUCAUCAUGCUCAACAGACGAUACCUCAGGCUUUAGGGUCCAUCAAUGGUUAGGGUUAGAGGCAUCAUGAUCAACAGACGAUACCAUCAGCUUAGGGGUCAUCAAGGUUAGGAGGUCAUCAUGCUCAAACAGCGAUACCUCAGCUUUAGGGGCAUCAAGGUUAGUAGGUCAUCAUGCUCAACAGACGAUACCUCAGCUUAGGGUCAUCAAGGUUAGUUAGGUCAUCAUGCUCAACAGACGAUACCUCAGCUUUAGGGUCAUCAAGGUUAGUAGGUCAUCAUGCUCAACAGACGAUACCAUCAGCUUUAGGGUCAUCAAGGUUAGGAGGUCAUCAUGCUCAACAAGACGAUACCUCAGCUUUAGGGUCAUCAAGGUUAGUAGGGUCAUCAUGCUCAACAGACGAUACCUCAGCUUAGGGUCAUCAAGGUUAGUAGGUCAUCAUGCUCAACAGACGAUACCUCAGCUUUAGGGUCUCAAGGUGCGACAAUCUGGGUGACUGAUGAGCAAAGAGGACAGGACAGGACAGGGCUUAGGAAGCAGAGAGAGAGGAGGCUAAUGACCAAGAGAGGACAGAGGACAGGAGGCUGAGGACAGGAGGCUGAGGACAGGAGGCUGAGGACAGGAGGCUGAGGACAGGAGGCUGAGGACAGGAGGCUGAGGACAGGAGGCUGAGGACGGGAGGGGAGAGGAGGAGGCUGAGGACAGGGACAGGACGGGAGGCGGGAAAGGACGGGAGGACAGGACAGGAGGCUGAGGACGGACUGAGGACAGGAGGCUGAGGACAGGAGGCUGAGGACAGGAGGCGGAGGAGAGAGGACAGGAGGCUGAGGACAGAGGACAGGACAGGAGGCUGAGGAGAGAGGACAGGACAGGAGGCUGAGGAGAGAGGACAGGACAGGAGGCUGAGGAGACGGGGACAGGAGGCUGAGGGGAGAGGACAGGAGGCUGGGAGAGAGGACAGGAGGCUGAGGAGCGAUGGACAGGACAGAGGACAGGAGACUGAGGAGUCUGAGGACAGGAGACAGAGAGGACAGGCGACUGAGAAGACAGGACAGGAGACUGCGGAGACAGGACAGGAGACUGCGGUGACAGGACAGGAGACUGCGGAGACCGGACAGGAGACAGGACAGGAGACUGCGGAGACAGGACAGGAGACUGCGGUGACAGGACAGGAGACUGCGGAGACCGGACAGGAGACAGGACAGGAGACUGCGGAGACAGGACAGGAGACUGAGAAGACAGGACAGGAGACUGCGGAGACCGGACAGGAGACAGGACAGGAGACUGCGGAGAGAGAGGACAGGAGAAUGCGGAGAGAGGGGGAGAGGAGACUGAGAAGACAGGAUAGGAGACUGCGGAGAGAGAGGAGAGGAGACUGA